AUGAGGCAAAAGAGCAAGCACUCGCGCAACCGAGUAUGGCGAGACAGCCAAUCCUGCCAGCGCUUGUUCAGAGCUGUUGGCUGGCCGGCGUAUGUUGCAGUCGAGACGAGCGUUGGAGCUGCGACUCUAGCAGACAUCUCCCAGAGAGUGAAGGCAGAUCGCCAGCAUCAGCGAGAAGAGCGUGAGGCAGCAGCAGCGCAGGAUAAGAUUAAAGAGGGCAUCCGUUCGCAGGCUGAUCCGUGGCUAGAGCUCACAGAAUGGGUCCCGCACCUACAAGGUAUCCCAAGGGCGGCACUUCUGCGCGCUAAACAGCUAGCUGGUGGGGAGGUAGACGCGCGUGGGAAGGAAGAAGUGGCGUUUGACAACACGGGCUUACGCGAUGUUUGCAAAGCUAUAGAGCGGCUGAUACAAAAAGCGUUCAAUAGCAGCCAAGCUGAGGUUGUUGGCAGACUCGCACUGGAGAUUAUCGAGCGACGUGAGGCAGGCGCAGAAUCGAACGAGCGGCCCUUCUACGCUAGGCAUCGAGUCGGUACGAUCAAGAAGUACAGCCAGAAGCUGGUAAGCAUCCUCUGCUACCUGUGGCGCAUAUAUGACCAGGUCGAGCGGCCGCCAUACAAACUUACCAGCACGCAAGACGCCCUCUUAGUGUCACUCCAGCAAAUAGCCCGCUCAGACGACGCUGCGAAGAAAGAGAAACUGGAAGAGCGAUGCCUGCGCUUUUGGAUCGCCUUGCUCAACCACAGCCUGACUGGCGACAAGCACGAGAGCGCACUGCUGAGCGGAGUGGCUGUCCUCGGCCUCAAGCCUGAUCACCAUGGCGGUGGGUGGGUUCCGGCGCACGAGUUCUCGCCAACGCUGUCUGCUUUGAUCACUACCUCGAAAGCGCUCGUAGUGCAUCAUGCCCGCUGCCAGCGAGAUAAAGCGCUUCAGAAAGACCCUUGUACAGCACCUACUGCGUAUGAGCUAGUUAAAGACAUGUCUAAACGGUUUAUGACGCUGUCCAACUUCAAAGGCACACCCAGUCCUAUGAAUCGAAUGCUCCGCUUGCGUACGCUAGCUAGAACACAGGCAAAGCGACGUAAUACUCCCGGUAUCGUGUCGUGGGAUGGAGAUCGGCUUCUCAUUGACAAGCAGAGCUUUUUGCUAGCCGAUCUCCGGUCGAUGGUAAAGGGACUCUGCGAGACGGUGCGGUUGCAGCUAUUUAAGGACGUCCUACUCUUGGAUCUAGACGAAAGGGGUUGCGUGCGACCUGGGACUACCCCGCUUCCAGAGGUGUCUGUGGACAAACUCGUCGAUCAGCCAGCCGAGCUGGCUACGGGCUGGAGCUUUCUGAAGCACCCUGACAACCAGCUAGAUAGAUGGCAAGACUGGCUUCUAGACCGGGUGUUGGACGAGGCUCCGCUAAGGGAGAGAUUCAUUCGUGGGAUAGAUAGCACACAACGGCCGGAACGGACGCUAUGGCGCAAUAACGCUGUAGCUAGGUACAUGAAAGGAGUGCGUCGGUUUAAAGAAGGCCUCUUCACGCUUGUUUACAUGUCUGGCGGCGGGCCUGGUCGCGGGACAGAGAUUACCUCGAUACAGUGCGAGAACAGUGCAGACGGGGUGGGGUAUCAGGGGGUGUUUGUAGAGGGUGGCCUGGUAUCCUUCACUACUACGUACCACAAGGGGUAUAGCUUUAGCAAGCGUGUUAAGACAAUCCACCGCUAUGUUCCCCAGGAGGUGGGUGAGCUGGUGGUGUACUUCCUCAGGCUCGGUCGACCGUUCAUAGAUGAUCUCCAGAUGCUGCACAAUGGCGUUGCCCGCCCUACCGCUUUCAUCUGGGAGCCAGAGCCGGAGGAGCAGUGGGGCGACGAGAGCGAUAGCGAAGAGAGCGACAACAGAGACGAGUACGGCGAAGCCGACCGUGAGAAGGCACGAUCCGCUAACCCAGACGGGUACUGGGGCACCGAUCGCAUACGCUGUGUCCUGCGCGAGCAGACCUUUCAAGAUGGACAAGCACGCGACUGGUUGGAAGUGCUCUACUGGAACAAAGCGCCGGCGAAGAGCAACGCGCAAGCGUUGCAGUCCGGCCACAGCCUUAAAACAGAGGAGGGCAACUACGGCCGCUCCAUGAUGGAGUCUCCCUUUCAGACCAUGGCUGAGCGGGAGGAGUUCCGGCGGGUGAGCAUGGACUGGCAUCGCGUGCUGGAGUUUGCAUCUGCCUGGGAGGACGGCCGCAUGCACCCCGGUGUUCGCGCGGAGAUGGUAGCGCAGCAAGAGAAGCAGGCGCUCCAGCGCUGGUCGUCGCUCGCGAUGGUGGACCUCAAGGCAGAGUUCAGGCGACUCGCUGGACGGCCGGACGCCGAGUAUCGUGGCAAGCAAGAAGAAAGCCUCGAGGCUGUGAUGCAGCGACGGCUGCGCGUGCUAGUUGUUAUGGCUACCGGCACCGGCAAGAGUAUGCUGUUCAUGCUGCCCGCGUCCGUCUCGCCAGGCGGCGUCUCCGUGGUCGUGGCUCCGUUGAAUGCCUUGCGAGACGAUCUGCAAGAUCGCUGCGACCAGCUCGGCAUCCCCUGCGCGAAGUGGGAUGGAAGAAGACCGCCGUACUGGGCUCGUAUUGUGCUGGUGACGCCUAAGAGCGCAGUCACGAAGGCGUUCGGCAGGUUCAUUAACGAAAAGCGCAUGCUCCAUCAGCUAGAUCGUAUCGUGAUAGACGAGUGCCACGUGCUGCUGGAGUCGACACAGGACUGGCGGCCAGACCUCCUCAAGAUGGUGGAGAUGACGGAGAAGGGCACACAGGUUGUCUACCUGACUGCAACCUUGCCGCCCACGCUGCAGCCUGCCUUCUUGCACACUGCAGGGCUUGAUGCCCAGACCGUAACCAUAUGCUGCGAUGAACGCACCACGCGAACAAACAUUGCGUACCAGGUGCUAGAGUACACACGUGGCACGCUAGAAAAAGUACUUAUUAAGCUUGUGGCUGCGAAGAGGAGUAGGUACGGACCCAAGGCGCAGAUCAUCGUCUAUUGUCCAACUGUGGACGAGACGAAACGGCUUGCGAAGCUUCUGCAGUGCUCUGCAUACUACCGUCAGAUGGGCUCAGACGAGGAAAAGGCACGCAUAGUGCGAAGCUUCACCCUAGGCAUAGAGAAGCUUUGUACAGCCACGAACAUGCUAGGUCUUAGGCUCGACGCUGCAGGCGUCCGGGUGGUGAUCCACGUUGCCAUGUGUCCCCUGCUGCUCCAAUAUGUGCAAGAGAGCGCCGGGCGGGACAAACGGGGCUUGACAGCAAGUCUAUUGUUAUAA